CGCACAAGGCUGACAAAACUCCACACUUCCGACCCAGAACCUCAGCCUCGCCCCUCGCGUCUCGCGCCCAUAAACACACCACCAGAGACGUCGCUCAUCACCAGAACUCCCAAGCUGACUUCACCCCACUCUUACACUAUUCACAAAACAGACAAUCGCGAUCGAACCCCCCCGACCAACAAUAUCCGCCAGGCCACUCGGCCGCGCCACAAAAUGCCAACCGUAACCGCAACCGCCGACCCCUCCGUCCCCACCUCAACACAAGACCCCCAACCCUCCUCACCCCAGGCCGCACCCCCAAUCGAACCCGGCCCCCGCGCCCGCGCCCUCCUAACCCUCCACGACGCAGCCCUCACCUCUACCCUCUCCGCCCUCCCCGCCCCCACCUUCCUCGCCUGCUUCCCCCUCCUGUCGACGCUAGCGCCCGACGCCCUCCGCGCCGUGCACGCCCAGAUGGUUGAUCGGCUGCGCGAGGCGGCUAGGGCGGAUUUCGGGGUUAUACUUGAGGAGAGGGGGGUGUUGGGGAGGUUGAAUGAGUUGGAGGUUUUGAUUGGGGAGGCGAGGGGGAGGAGGGAACGGGGUGAGGGGGGGGAUGUUGCACCGCAUUUAUUGCCGCCGGCGGACUUAUUGGCGGCGCAUCUUGGACCGAGUUUGGUGGCUGCGCAGGGACGGUUGAAUGCGAAGGAGCAGACGUUGGAGAGUGUGAAUGCGGAGUUGUAUGAGGUGGUUAAGGGGCAGUGGGAUGAGAUUGAGGGGUUGGUUGCUGGAGUGGAGGGGAUUGUGAGGGAUUUGGAGAGUGCGGGAGGGGAGAUGAGUGGGGUGGAGAGGGGGUAG